CUUUGUAUGAUAUUUAUCAAUUAAAAUUCAUAUAUAACGAAAAUUUUAAAGAAUUUGUAAAAGUGUCUAUCAAAAAAGAAUGGCAGACGAUGGAUACGAAGUAAUUGGUCCCGUCUAUUCGGUGCCUCCUCUUGCAUCACCGAUGCCCACGAUGGUUCCUCCAUCGCCACUCGCAGUCACUCCAAAGGUUAAAAAGGAUGAAGAUUCUGGAUCAAGUGCGGCGGAGACGACCAGAGCCGGAAAACAUCGAAAAAGGACAAACGCCUCAGAGUAUGAAGUGAGCAAUAUGGAGAGCACCCACCAUGAUGUAGUUUCGAUCAAGCACAGACCAAACUCGUGUGACGUUUGCCACGUGGCGACUCUUUUGUUCCUGAUUGUUAUGGUGAUCGCCAUAUCGACUCCAGUUCUCCUUUCUGCAAGUAAGGGCGGACUUCCAUGGAUUGAGAAUAAGUUGAUGGAAGAGUCUAAUUAAGAGUACUGCCGAGUUUGAAUAAAGAUUUUA